AUGUGUGCAAAACGGAUAAUAUGGUCACUCCUAAUCGCUUAUUGUUCAGCAUCAUGCUCUGAAAAAGACGACUACUCCUAUAAAAACGAAAAUACCACAUUUUCCUUACCAAAACUCCCAUACUCCUAUAACGCUUUAGAGCCAGUGCUAUGGACUCAAGUAAUUUACUAUCAUCACAAAAAAGAACACAAAAAUAUAAUCAAUGAACUUAAUGAUUAUAUAAAAAAUAAUCAAGAUUUUGCAGGCCAAACUGUCACAGACUUAUUAUUCCUUUAUAAUUAACUAUUUUUUUUUAAAAAAUGAAUAAAUUUAUGAUAUAAGUAAAUUAUAAUGGUAUAAUUAAUUAUGGGCUCCAAGAUGAUGGGAUCGCAAAUUAUGCAGGUGGUCAUUAUAACCAUUGUUUACUAUGGUGGAUUUAUACCCUUGCAGACUGUACCAAAGAAGAACCAGAAGGAAAAUUAUUAACAAAAAUAGAAGAGAAAUGGGGAAAUUUCACUGAUUUUGUAGGGGAGUUUACGAAGACUGCGAAUUCAGUUUUUGGGAGCGGCUGGGUUUGGCUUUGUGCAGAUAGCGAAGGGAAUUUAGAAAUAAAAGCUAAGAAAAACGAAUAUUCCCCAUUGGCAGGAGGCGAGUGUUAUCCAAUAUUAGGAAUUGAUCUGUGGGAGCACGCUUAUUAUUUGAAAUUUUUAUGGGAAAGAAAAGAAUAUGUUAGCAUGUGGUGGACCAUCGUGGACUGGGAAUUAAUUGAGUAUUGGUAUGAAACUUAUGCAGCAAAUGGGCUGCCGGUGCCUGUUUAA